AGCCAUAUCAAUGGGCCAUGGACGGCAAGUGGAUUGCCCUAAAAUACUUCUACGAGGAUAAUCCGAUGGAAAUAGUUUCCCCAAUGACAAUGAACAACGACACUGCACUUCACGUCGUAGCCUCCAACCGCUACAGCGACCUGCUUAAGCAUUUGAUUUUGCUGAUAAAAGACAAUGCACCUGAGAUGUUAAGACGUGCUUUGAAGAUAGAGAACAACGAUGGCAACACCCCUCUUCAUGAGGCGGCUGCGUCUGGAAAUCUGGACGCAGCAAAGCUCUUGGUGGACGAGGAUAAGAUACUUUCCGGUCAGUCUUCUUUUAGCAGUCUAGUAGAGAUUCGAAACCAGUUAGGAGAGAGCCCACUCUACAGGGCCACUGCUUUCGGUCACACAAACUUGGUCAAAUAUUUGGCUUCCCAAGUGAAGCCGCAGCAGCAGGAUAUAGAGCAGCAGCAGCUGGAGUUGGCUAUAGAGUACCACUUCAACAGAAACCAUGAUAACAUAUCCAUUCUUCAGAUCGCAGUCAUUAGCCAACAUUUUGAGACUGCUCUAUGGUUACUAAAAAAGUACCCAGAUCUUGCGAAUAGAAAGGAAAGCAAUGGACUCACAAGUCUUCAAUUGCUAGCCCAAAUGCCAUCUGCCUUCGAACCCAAAUUUCGCCAAAGCAAAUGGAAGAAGCUCAUUUAUAAAUAUUCAGGCCUUUUUGAUGAUGACAACUGUGACUCGGAGAGGAGAUCGAAUCAGUCACCAAAUCAAAACGAUGACUUGGAGAGCGGAUCCAAUCAGCCACCAAAUCAAAACGAUGAAGACUUGGACAGAAGAUCCAAUCAACCUCGCCAAUCUAGUUCUUCAAAGAAGAUUACGAAACUACUACUAGGAUGGCGACCAACAAGUAAGAUGUUCGAGGAAAUGCAAAAUCAAAAAUUACUAUCGAAACUGACUGAUUUGCUGGUCAAGGAGUAUUCAUGGGCGGGGGAGUACAGUGAUUCACCAAACAUAAGGAAUACCUUUUGUCUGUUGUGUUCAAACAAACAGGUGGAAGAAGAUUCUGAUUGUGGUUGCCACGACGGAGGGGAAACCAGUAAAUCUAUUUACAAGUAUACCCCAUUGCUUACAGCAACAUGUACCGGAAUAUUACAAAUUGUGGAAAAGAUUAUCAACUUUAACCCUCAAGCGAUUGAGGCUCGUGAUAUUGAAACUCGAGAAAACAUUUUGCACGUGGCCAUUAAGCAUCGUCAGUUGGCCAUCUUCAAGUUCGUAAGAAAGGAGAAAACAAUAACGUCAAGGUUGGCUUACGGGAUUGAUAGUGAUGGGAACAGCAUAUUGCACCACGCUGCAGAUAUGAAGUUUUACACUGUAGACGCUCAACACGUAAGCGGUCCUGCAUUUCAAUUGCAAGAAGAAUUGUUUUGGAUGGCGCGUGUGGAAAAGAUAAUGCCACGUCAUUACGCCAUGCACCAGAACAAUCAGGGUGUGACAGCGAAGGAGCUCUUCGAAAGUAAGCAUUCAAGUCUUCUUGCGUCGGCAAAAGGAUGGAUAAAAGAGACAGCUCAGUCGUGCUCGACCGUGGCAGCUUUGGUGGCCACCGUUGCCUAUGCAGCUGCCUUUACGGUUCCCGGGGGUAAUGAUAAAAGAGGGGUUCCUGUUCUCGGUCAUUCUCCUUUCUUUAUCACAUUCGCCAUUUCGGACACUAUCUCGCUCAUCUGCUCAUUGACUUCUUUGGGCACGUUUCUCUCUAUCCUGACGUCCCCGUUUGAGUACGAAAACUUUCACUGUUCUCUUCCCUUCAGGCUGCAUUUAGGAUUCGCCCUUCUCUUCUUCUCGCUGGUAGCCACCAUGUUCACCUUCACUGCUACUCUUGUGCUCUUGAUUCAUCAUCAAAAGAUGUGGACAACGUCCCUCAUUUAUGUGGUUGCCCUUCUUCCUGUCUCUGUGUUUGGGCUCUCGCAGUUUCCUUUGUAUGACGGAUUUCGCAAAAGUUUGAAAUACAUUUCAAAGAAAAUAAUGAAGCCGACUAUAUCUUUAAUUCGUGAUGUGUUUGUAAAUUUGAAAUUGUUUAUUGAAAGUAUUUUAAAUUUGAAAUUCUGUAUUCGGCGUUUGCCAGGGUAAAGUCUGUUAUUGAGUGAUAUGAUUUGUGACCUCUAUGUUAUUGCUAUAGCUCAAAAGGUCAGAAUAAGAGUGUGCUGCUAUAGCACUCAGUUAGGGUCCCUCUUCUUCUUCCUUUGUGCGUGAGUGUUUUUUGU